UCACGUGACGCUUUUAUAAGGUAUCAUCGAGGGCUUUCGAUUAUGUGGGACUAAGUCAAAGUUCACCGAAAUGGAGAGACAAAAUGAUAAUGACAGCUCGACACGGAUCGAUGAUACCAGAGUCGCAGAGGAUAACGAUAGCUUCGAUCUCGAUGAUCUUCUGCCGAUCGUCGGCGAAUUCGGUCGUUAUCAAAAGCAGUUGUUGUGGCUGGUCUGUCUGCCGGCAUGUUUGCCCUGCGGUUUUUGCGCUUUCAAUCAAUUAUUUAUGGCGAAUACACCGCCGCAUUGGUGCAAGAUACCGGAUUUGGCGCAUAUGGAUGCUGCAUCCAGAAAGCAUCUCGCUAUUCCUGACGACAAUGGGACAUAUAGUCAGUGCACACGGUAUGAUGUCGAUUGGACGACAACGGAAAACAACUCCAUUGUUUGGACGUCCAAUACGUCGUGGUCCAUCGUACCCUGUGAUCAUGGCUGGGAAUAUGAGACUUCGGAGGUGACUUCAUCCAUCGUUAUCGAUUUUGAUCUCGUUUGCGAUCGUGCAAUCUAUCCAACGAUUGGUUUGGUGGCUCUUAAUUUAGGGGGCCCUAUAGGAGUAUAUCUAUUCGGUACAUUAAAUGACAGAAUCGGUCGAAAAUUAUCUUUCUUCGCGUGUCUGGCAACCUUAAUAACUGGCGGCUUUCUGACAUCGAUAACAAAUAAUUUUUGGACUUGGGCUUCUACGCGCUUCGUUGUUGGUUUGACGAUACCAGCCAUUUAUCAAAUACCUUUUAUUAUAUCCUUAGAACUGGUCGGCCCAAAUUAUCGCUCAUUUGUGACAGUUAUGACUUGUACUUUUUACACAAUGGGCCUCUGUAUGCUAGCAGGCGUCACUUAUUUUAUACGCGAUUGGCGAACACUUGCCAUAACCACAAGUGCACCAUUCUUGAUUUAUUUCUCUUACUGGUGGUUUUUACCGGAAUCACCGAGAUGGCUGUUAGCGAAAGGUCGCCUCAGCGAAGCUAAUGAUAUUCUUGAAACUCUGGCCCGAGUGAAUGGCAAAGAGCUUCCGGCAUCAUUCACGCAGAAACUUCGUCAACGCAUGACAAUGUCGAGAUCGAAGAGCGAGGAGGAAAGAUUGCGAAUCGGACCUGGUGUUCUCUCGCUCUUUAAAACACCGAAUAUGCGUCUCAAGACGUGUCUUAUUACUUUAAACUGGUUUGCUAACAAUAUGGUGUACGUCGGUCUUUCUUAUUAUGGGCCGGCAUUAGGAAAUGAGGAACAUCUGAGUUUUCUUUUUUCUUCUCUCGCCGAGAUUCCCAGUUAUAUCGCUUGUUGGAUUGUAAUGGAUCGAUGGGGCCGUCGAUGGCCGCUUUGCCUGUGCAUGACCGUGGCUGGAGUGUCGUGUAUUGCCACAGUGUUAUUAUCGCCUGAUGCUGUCAUGGAAACCUUGAUAUUGUUUCUCAUAUCGAAGUCUGCAAUAUCGGCCUCUUUUUUAAUUAUUUAUCCCUUCGCCGGGGAACUCUAUCCCACGCAAUUACGCGGAGUUGCCAUUGGUUUCUCCGCAUAUAUCAGCGGUCUCGGACUCAUCAUUAUACCCUUCGUAACAUAUCUCGGGAAAGAGAAUCUUGUCUUGCCUUUAGUCAUUUUGGGUGCCGUCUCGGUUAUUGGUGGUCUGUCCGGAUUGCGGUUACCAGAAACAUUGCAUUAUCGUCUGCCACAAACCAUUGAAGAAGGAGAAUUAUUUGGCAAAGAUUGGACGUGCGCGGAUUGCAUCCGUUGCAUCCCGAUAAGGCCAUCGUCGAUUGCAACUUCUUACGAAGACUUGUCGACGCGAGAAACAGUAGAGAUGCACGAAGUACCUGAAGUGCCGUUUGCCUCAUCUAUUUUGGAGGAACAACAACGGCCGAGUACGGCGAGUGUUCGCCGUUUAGUUCGCCAAUCCAGCGUUAUGGAUACCCAACGCGAUUCCGAUGGGACCAUGAAGAUGACCUAUUGGUUUUAGCUUUGAAAGUUUCUAAGAAUCUAAUCAAAAGAAAAUUUGAAAGAAUCUUUUUCUUUUUCUUUAUCGCAUUUAUGAAUUAAAUAUUUUCAAUGCUAACUAAAAAUUAUUUCACAUUUUCUUUUAUAUGUUAUUGAUUUAUAAAAACAUUGAAUUAUAUAACUAAUAUAUAAGUACACAUCAAGAAAUAAUUCUAUUUUAAAUAAUUAAUAUGUUUAUCUUUUUUAAUAUUAUAAAUAUGAUGAUAUCUAAAUAUCAUAAAAAAUAAAAAUCUGCAAUAGCAUAUGUGGUAUAUGUAAAUGUCAGAUUAUCAAAGAAGAAAAUGCAAUAAGGAAUGAUC